CACCGAUGGAGUUAGGACUUCAGCUGCCACCUCAAACUCCGCCCGGAGCUGCGAAGAUGCUCGGGCCAGCCCCAGCCCUCUCUGCCUGGACCCUGUAGCCCGAGCCUCUCCCGGGCGUGCUGCCACCGGUGCCGCAGUGCCCCUCGCACAGCCAGAGGCCAUGUAUCCCUACACCAACUGCACCAGCCUGGCACCCCUCCGCGACUACCUGGCCCAGCUGGAGGCCGAGGUGCUCUGCAAUCACAGCCACGUGGACCCGGAGGACAUGACCCUCACGGAGGACGAGCUGCGGGACAAGUACCUGGGGCCGCGGCGGUCCAGCUUCUUCGUGCCCGUCUGCACCACCUACCUGCUGAUCUUCGUGGUGGGCGCCGUGGGCAACACGCUGACCUGCCUAGUGAUCCUGCGGCACAAGUUCAUGCGGACGCCCACCAACUACUACCUGUUCAGCCUGGCCGUGUCAGACCUGCUGGUGCUGCUGCUGGGCAUGCCGCUGGAGCUGUACGACAUGUGGAGCAACUACCCCUUCCUGCUGGGCGCGGGCGGCUGCUACUUCAAGACACUGCUGUUCGAGGCCGUGUGCUUCGCCUCCAUCCUCAACGUCACGGCCCUGAGCGUGGAGCGCUACAUCGCCGUGGUGCACCCGCUCAAGGCCAAGUACGUGGUGACCCGCAACCAUGCCAAGCGGGUCAUCGGUGCCAUCUGGGUGCUCUCGGUGCUCUGCUCCAUCCCCAACACCAGCCUCCAUGGCAUCAGGCCGCUGUACGUGCCAGGCCGGGGCGUGGUGCCCGACUCGGCCAUCUGCAUGGUGGUGAAGCCACUGGUGCUCUACAACCUCAUCAUCCAGAUCACCACCAUCCUCUUCUUCUUCCUGCCCAUGGGCACCCUCAGCAUCCUCUACCUGCUCAUCGGCCUGCAGCUGAGGAAGGAGAAGAUGCUGCAGAGCCUGGAGGCCAAGGCGGGCAGGGACAGUGACUACCACCAUGUCCGAGCCCAGCAGAAGAAGGUCCGGAGGAGGCAGGUGACUAAGAUGCUGUUUGUCCUGGUUCUCGUGUUUGGGAUCUGCUGGGCCCCCUUCCACACGGACCGGCUGGUUUGGAGCUUCAUCUCCAACUGGACGGGCAACAUGCAUGAGAUGUUCCAGUACAUCCACAUCAUCUCGGGGGUCUUCUUCUACCUGAGCUCGUCCACCAACCCCAUCCUCUACAACCUGAUGUCCACCCGCUUCCGGGAGAUGUUCAAGGAGGUGAUGUGUCACCAGCACCUCCAGCGCCUCGGCUCCCGCAAGUACUCACCCAGCGUCACCCGGGUCACCACCCGCAGCACGGUGUGCGAGCACGUGGCCAGCAGCAACGGGCUGCCCCUGGCCAACCUGGAGGAGUAUGAGACGGACAGGGAGGGCGAGCGCGGCAAUGAGCACGCGGAGGUCUUUGACUGAGAGCCUUCCCCACCCGCCAGGCUCGGAUGUGACCGCAAGGGGAUGGGACAGGCCAGGACUGGCAUUCGCGGUCACCCACUCCCAUCUCCCCUGCAUUGUGGUACCUGCUAGCACUGCCCAGACACAGGCUUCUGUCUCCAUCUCACCCCCUCAGGGCUGAGCUUGCCAAGGGCCUCCGGAUGGUGAGGAAGGGGACCUCUCAAAUUUGGGUCCACAUUAAGAGCAUUAAUUCUUCCUGGCUGCUGGCCCACACCAUGGUCUGUGCCCUUGCUGCCUCCAUGGGCAGAGCCAGAGCCCCUGGCAUGGCACUGAGUGCGGGUGGGUUGUAUCGGGAACAUUUGGCAGCCCCGAAGCAGCUUCAUAGAAAGGGAAGGGAGCAAACGAAGCCUGGUGAGCGCAGCUGAGCCCAGGGAGGUCUGGGGUUGCAGCCACUGCUACAGCUGAGAAGCAGGGACUCGGAUGGAGGUUCAGCCAUGCAGAGGGCUGGAGCAUGGCCACAGGGCAGCACUCUCCCCACACUGCUGUAGGCCAAGGGAAGUCUGUCUCCGCUGCCUCUGUCCCCUGCUGAUCCCGGUCUGGGUCUCCCAAUGCGAUGUCCUGCCGUGCCUCUCUGGGGGGCCAGCCCCUGGUUCCCCAUGCCCAGCUGGCAGCGAGAGCACAUCACAGCAGGGUGGCAUUGUGGCAGGAUCACACCGUGCCCCUGCAGGGAUGUGCCAGCCAGAACGGGUGGUUUGGGGCUGUCACAGCGGAGGUGUUAGUGUGUCAGGCACGUGGCCCAGUUGUUCACAGCCCUUGGUGCAGCCAGGGAUCAGCUCUUAAUUCUUCACUGUUUUCUUCCCAUACUAGCUCCAUUCACCCCCCCCCGGGCUUCCUCCUACCCCGAAUCCCUCCUUCUUGCAGCCCCAACCUCC